GGGAACCCCUCCCAGUCCACGUCCCUGCACUACCUGAGCCCCUACCAGCCCAACGCCUACGCCAUGGCCCUCAGGGCGGUGGGGGACAUCAUCCAGGACUAUGACAGUGACAAGAUGUUCCCCGCCCUGGGCUUCGGUGCCAAGAUCCCACCCGAUGGACACGUGUCCCACGAGUUCCCGCUGAACGGUGACACAGCCAACCCCGCCUGCAGUGGCAUCGAGGGUGUCCUGGAGGCCUAUCACCGCAGCCUGCGCCGCGUCCAGCUCUACGGACCCACCAACUUCGCCCCCGUCGUCAACCACGUCGCCCGCUCGGCGGCAGAGGUGCUGGAUGGGUCCCAGUACUUCGUGUUGCUCAUCAUCACCGACGGGGUCAUCUCGGACAUGGCGCAGACCAAGGAGGCCAUCGUCAAC